UCGAUCAAUUGCAGGCAGCGGCAGGGCACGGCGAACUGGCAGAGUGUGUUCCUUGUCAGAUGCAGUCGCAGGUGAGACAGAACCUGCACCGGGAGUGCGAGGUAUCCAUCAACCAACUCAUCAGCCUCAAGUACUACACCUCCUACGUGUACCUUGCUAUGUCCUUCUAUUUCGAACAGGAUGAUGUCGCGCUGGAGAACUUUGCGAAGUCUUUCCACGAGAUGUCGGAGGCCGAGCGCCGGCAGGCGGAGAAACUCAUCGAGUACCAGAAGCUUCGGGGCGGGCGACUCCAGCUGCAGAGCAUCGAGAAUCCAGCCAAGAGCAAGUGGAGGAACGGGCUGGAAGCCACACAGGAUGCUCUCGACCUACAGAGGAACAUCAACAAGUCUCUCCUUGACCUGCACCAGACUGCGUCCAAUAAGGAGGAUCCUCAGCUGUGCAGCUUCCUGGAGACCAACUUCCUGAACAGCAACGUGGAAUUCAUGAAGAAGCUGGGAGAUCACGUGACAAGCCUGAAGGGGCUGACUGUGGGCCGUACCAGCGGAAUGGGCGAGUACCUGUUUGACAAGCACACCCUGGAUGAAGGGACUUGAUGUGGAGUGGAGCAGCCUCCGUCCAUCCGUCGCACUCCCCUCCCUGUGACUGUCAUGGAAACUGAUGUACUUUACACUGAAUGUGAAAGUAAUUCUUUCAGAAAUAACUAUACUAUUAUUGGCGUAAUAAAUGUUUACAGAAAAAA